CAAGUGAUAUUAUAAAAUUUGAUGAAUUGCCAAUCUUGUUUGGGAACUUUUCUCAAGUUUCUGAAGAAACGUUGUGGAUUAAAAGUUGGAAAAAUCCGUUCAAAAUAUCAUCAGCCGGGUUGCUUUCGCGCGACGGCGAAAAUGAGCUCUAUCUGAUGGGUAAACGUUCAAAAAGUCGAUACAGAACGUUUUGGGAGAAUAUCACCUAUGCAUCGAAUGUGGUAGAUUUUUCUAGUUCUUCUGCCUCUAGAGCUGGGCAAUCUGGAUUUGCGUACGCUCUCGGAUUAUUUGAAGGACAAGGAUCUCUCGGUAAAUCUUCGCUACAGUCUGUUUUUAUGCAUACUGAGCCAACGGGACUCGACAAGGAGCUAGCCAUGAAAAAGGCUUGUCCGAAGUGGCGUUCCACUAUAGCAAGAAGCACAAACCAUGAAAUGAUUACAUACAUUAAAGAAAAAAUAUCACCUAUCGCUAAUCGAAUCACCGAAAAACUAGGAAUCACGCCACCACUCAAACCCAUUCAUGUUGACCACAUACAUCGGGCUUGUGGCUUUGAGGUGGCUUUCUUUCGGAAUACCACCACCUGGUGUAGUCUAUUAACUGACGCCGAUCUACUGACAAUGGAAUAUUUCAAUGAUAUGCAUCAUUAUUAUUUAUAUUCAUAUGGCAAUCGAUUGAACUCUUUGAUGGCUUGCCAAUUGAUCACGAGUUUUGUGCGUACAGUUGAUAAUGGACUCGCUGGGAAAGCUAAAUUUAAAAGUGUUUUGAGGUUUGCCCAUGCAGAGACGAUCUACUUUUUAAUGACAUUAUUGAAUUUGAAUAAAGAUAAACAUUUGCUCAAAGCCAAAGAUCCACAAGAAAAAAUAGCAUCUCGUAAAUUUCGAUCGAGUUUAAUACAACCAUUUGCGGCAAAUAUUUAUUUUGAAAUUUAUAAAUGUUCGUCACUCUCCUCUUUAACUGCUAUUAAUGAUAAUAAAAAAUCAAGACACCACAAACGACGACGACUAUUAUCAAUCGAGGAUGAUUAUAACUAUCCUAACAAUGACAAUGAUGAAACAUUUGUACAACUAUUGUAUAAUGAACAACCUACACAGAUCCCUGGAUGUGAAGACGAUGACAAUCAAAAUGGCCACAUUCAACUUUUUUGUCCAUGGUCGAAAUUCAAAAAAAUAUUGAACAAAUAUAUUGGAUGCGAUUUGGAAGGGAUUUGUCGUAUAAAGAAACGAGCGAAAUCGUUUAUUCGAGAAAAGCAUUUCCAUUUCAAUUGA